AUGACGGCGUCCGGAGAAGUUGCGUUUGCAACGAGCGCUUUGCCAGAAGCGGGCCCUGAGCCAGUUGUCGCCGAGCACGUGGGCCCCAGCCUCAGGGACCCCGUUCUCCUGUUCGACUUGCCGUGGCUGCAAUGUAUUUUGGACGGACGCAAGACUCUGGAGCUCCGGGGUUUCAGGGUAAAGAACGGCCCCAGCGGGCGCGUUUGGCUUGGGGUGGAGGAUCGCAUCCACGCGGCAGCGCGUGUUGAAGCGGCGGGGCCUUUGACGCUGGAAGAGUAUCUCCGGCAAGCGCCCCAGCACUUGCAUCCGAGCAAAACCCUACCUUUCAAAACCACGUGGGGCCUGAUGCUGACCAACGUGCAGAAGCUCAGCGAGCCCCUGUGGUUCCACCGGCCUCCGUCUAGUGCGCGGCAGUUUUCUUACCGACCGCCGCCCGAAGACGGGAACUGCUCAAGCAAAAAGAAGCGACGUGUGCUGCCCCUGGAAGCCGAGCACUUUGCGCCAGCUAUUGAAGAACCUGCCGAGUAG